CCUCGCUCGUCUCCUAUGCUCAUAUUUGGACUCGGCUGCCCGUGCCCAGGAAUUUCCCGUCAUGCCUCCCGCCGCCCCGUCCGUCGCCCGGAGCCGGGGAGGAAGGGAGGGAGGUUCGGACAGCGGCGGCGGCGGCGGCGGCUCUCUGGCCCUUCCAUGAGCCCGCCGCGAACCCUCCCGCGCUCUCUCUCGCUCUGCCUCUGCCUCUGCCUGGCCGCGGCCGCGGCCCGGGCAGCCGCUCAGUCGGGGUCAUGUAGGGAUAAAAAGAACUGUAAGGUGGUCUUUUCCCAGCAGGAGCUGAGGAAGCGGCUCACACCCCUGCAGUACCAUGUCACUCAGGAGAAAGGGACCGAAAGUGCCUUCGAAGGAGAAUAUACACAUCACAAAGAUCCUGGAAUAUAUAAAUGUGUUGUUUGUGGAACUCCGUUGUUCAAGUCAGAAACAAAAUUUGACUCUGGUUCAGGUUGGCCUUCAUUCCAUGAUGUGAUCAGUUCUGAGGCAGUCACAUUCACAGACGACUUUUCCUACGGGAUGCACAGGGUGGAAACCAGCUGCUCUCAGUGCGGUGCUCACCUCGGGCACAUUUUUGACGACGGACCUCGUCCAACUGGCAAGAGAUACUGCAUCAACUCGGCGUCCCUGUCUUUCACGCCUGCGGAGAGCAGCAGUGCAGGCGGCAGCGAGGGGGACGGCCAGGCCCAGACCAACAGGGCUGAGCUGUAGAGGCCAGAGAGCUUGCGGACAAGUGCGCUUAAGGCGCACCUACCAUGACAAACCCAGUAUCCUCUAUCUCAGCUCUAUUUUUUCAAAAGUAGGAGGGCAGUUUUAUGCUAUUGAUAUUUUUCUUCUUUUGCUAAACAGAUGCCCUAGCCAUCAGUGCAUUUUGCUAUUGACUAGAUCGGGAACUGUUCAUACCUUUAGUGACCCUUGGAGAGAGCUCUGUGAGGCUUCUUCACCAGCCACUCAACUACUGCUUCGCAUUAUUUUCUUUGCCCACAUAGCUUCUUUUGAGAUUUUUGUUGUUGUUGUUGUUGUUGUUCUCCUUGCUUCAGAGGCAGAAGGUGCUUGGCCUUCAAACAUAAACAUCAAGAUCUCCUCUGCAGUGCAGGACCCAGGGCUGGGAAGGCAGGGCUUUGAGACCUGGGAGACAUAUGGCCCCGAGGCAUUUGUGCAGAUCCACCUAAGAUAAGGAUGGAGAGAUGUCUUAUGAGACUUCUUAGCUUUGUGGAAAGUUUGAGCUAAGGUCGUUUAUUCUCACUAAAAGGGUGUGAAGGUCUAAAGUCUUUCCUUAUGUUAAAUUGUUGCCAGAUCCGAGAGGGCGCACUGAGUGUUGUGGCAGAGAAGUAAACAUUACCUCAUGGUUAGGCCCUUAUUUUAUUUUAUUUUUCAUUGAAAACAUUGGAAUGUAAGGCAACUGUAAAAGGUUGAGCCCCGUUUUGUCCAAAGUUCACACAGAACACCUGCCAUGGCCUUUUAUAAGUCUGUCCCUCCAUACCUAAUACCAGAUGCAGCUAGCAGGGCAUUUUGGUGAAUUCCUUGUAUAAAAUAAAAUAUUUGGGACAACACACUUCAUCAAGGUAGCAGAUGUAAGAGAGAGCAGAGAAGGCCAAGGAGGAAGCCUGGGUAACUAGAUGUCCAGUGCUCUGCAGAAGGGCUGACAAGAUACCACAGGUAAAGAACGGAGCCCGGAGAGAAGGGGCCAGGGACCUGGUGCACAGGGCUGGCCAGAUGACCUCUGGAAGGACACUGGGGGUUAAAAUAGACGUAGCAGGAGCUCAUGUCCCACCCUUCCCACUAAUCUGCUCUGUAACAAGGGAUAAACUAUUUAGCUUACUCUUUAUGUAUAUAACACAGACUUAACAAUAUCUGUAAAAUAAUUGACACUCUCAGGGGAAUAUUACUAUAUUGCUAUACAAUUAAGAUCAGUUUUGUAAAAUUAACUGAUCUGGUUCUAAUUGCCUCAAAGGCCGAAGCCCAGACAUUUGAAAUGGAAAGAAGCAGAGAGGAGGUUAACUUAGCUGAUUGGUAUGGAAACAGUUGGGCCAAGAGCCAGAAAAUUUUCUUUGUAGCAACAUGGCUGGUUUUACUCUAAGAAGCUCUGCUGGUAGAAGUAUAACAUUUAGUCUGGUGGGCUGGAUGCCAUUGUGCACAGUAAGGUUUUUAUAGCUCCAAGCAGGGGUAACAUUCCUUGGUAUUGCUGCAGCCAGGUGUGAAGGUUAUGACUGAUAUAUAUUGUGUUUGUAACCUUGAAUGCUAAUCUUGAAAUGUAGUUUUUUAAACAUAUUUUUGUAAAUCUUUGAAAGCUUAUGAAAACCGAUGUCUUUCCUUGUAAGCACCAAGACCAAAAUAAGGAAGAGGGACACUUGACAAUCUUAAAGAAAUAAUGAGAAACUAAAAUGAAAAGUUGCGAUCAGUCAGAAUGUUGGUGUGGUCACGUCCACAUCCUUCUGUGUCUCUCCAGAUACCUCCUGGUGAGGCGCUGACAUCUUGGUGACUCGUCAUUGUCACAUGGGCCACACGGAACUUUGCACUUCCAAAUACACUGAGCUCUUCCUCUCUCAGCUCCCAGAUGUUUCAUCUCAGGCUCUGGGGUCACUCUGGAAUUCGCAGGUUUCACUUCCUUCUAGAAGUGAGAUGUAGAAUUUAAGAUCCUUGAAGCCUCAGCAUCCAGACUAUCCCAGAAGUCUUUCUCGACCUUGCAGAGGGUGUCCUGACAUUGCCUAGCAACCUGAGGAUCCCUAAGAGGUGGGUCCCCCAGGACACGCCUGUCCGAGCAUGCAGUGCAUCCUUCAGGGGCUCACACAGUACUUCUCGUGGCUCCAGCUCUAGGUGGUGGCCUGCCCCAGGGUCUGCUGGACUCGAGCACAGUUUUGGGGUGGACAAGGAAGAUAAACGGUGGCCUUCUCCCUCUCCCCAGAGACUCUAGAUUCUCAUUGUUCCUCCAGUUUUAUUGUAGGGCUUAACAUUCCCCUCAAAAAGCUCCUCUUCUAAUGCUUAGUCUUUGUUUCAAGGAAAGCCUGUUUUUCUUCUACCACAUUUUCCAGCAUCAACUUUAAGAAAAAUGCAACAUCCAUUGAAAAAAAGAAAGUGGGGUGUGUAUGCACAUGGUUUAAUUUCAGAUUGCUUUUGAGUUUAAGUGGUAUCAAAUUUCAGUAUAUUUCUGUCUUAUGUUAAAGAAAUAUAUUACUAAAACGUAAGUGAGCAAUAAUGUCAGCUGUCGAGCACUAGAUUUAUUUUUGCAGGAUAUGGAGUGCAAUGAACUGAGUCAAUAUGGCGAGGUGUAUGUGAUCUGCAGGAGUUAUGCCAUUUAACGUAGGAAAUGUGUGGGACUUUUCCCUCUGCACUCCAGCCCUCACUGUACCAUUAGGAGACACAGGUUUCUUUGCUGGAGUGUAAAAAGUUAUGUCCAUACACUCAUGUAGAAUGGAUCUGAAGAAAGCAACAUUAUAUAUUGUGUUAGAGAACAUUUCUAUGUGUUUAAACUUUUCACUUUAUAGAUGAAUUAUAACUCUUAAUGCAAUGAUAUAGCAAUUUGAAAGCCUCUCCAUGUUAACUGAAUUGAAAAUGCCUUGCUUUAAAUAUGGAAUAUGAUGAAAGGGAUUAUCUAUUUUUGCCUUAGAUAGCUUUGUAAUAAUUUUUCUCCAAGCAAUUCAAAUCUUUUGAAAAAUGACAUGAAAUUUUCAUUAAAAACCCUUUUCCUAUGUUUGUUGUAUACAGAAAUUAUGCAAUAAAAUUUCUUUAUAAAAAGG